GGAGCGCCGGCUCGAGGCCAGACCGCAUACCUUGACCACCGCACGCAGCACCUAGCGCCGUUGUCGUCGUGCGCAACGCAACACAUGCAUGGAUCGCGUUGUUGUCAACAUCCACUGUCUCUCACGCAUCCAUCGUUUGCUAGAUUGCUACUUGUCGUGCCGGCCCGGCCAGCGUCUCACGCGCGCAACAUUGCAACAUUGCAGCGUCUCAAGCCCCCAAGCCUCCAUCAACUCAGGCCACCAGACCACCAGCGUUACCUCCACCCACACGACCAAGAAGCAACAACAACAAUGGGACUACUAGAGUCGCCGUCCAAGGCCGGGCCAAGUACGGGCUGGACGAGCAUGAGCGAUACCGUCGCCAAGCUGUCUGCGCAGUCUGCGUUUGCGGAUUCCGAAGAGGCCCACGCGAUCGUGCAGACGUACGUCUCGAGCCGGCUAAAGUCCGGCAUGAACAAGGGGCACGUCUCGGACCAGCUCGACGCGCUCGAGCGCAUUGUCCCGAAACAUCGCCGCACAAUACGGGACAUUAGAUCGCAGUACGACAUGCCGCAGCCUCCGACCGACAGCAUCAGCGCGAUCUCGAACGCGGCGCGACGGCGGCCGUCGAAUCCGCCCAACCCGCAACAGGCGGCGCAGCAGCUGCCGUCGCCGACGACCUCGCCGAAGAAGCUGCCGUACCUGUCUCCGACGACGCCGACCGAGCCCCAGGCGAUGGGCAUGCUCGAGGUCCGCGGGCUCGCGCAGCGCCUGCAAGAGUCUGAAACGGCGCGGCGCGCCCUCGAGACCAAGAUGGGCGAGGCGGAGGCAGAGCGACAGGAGCUCGAGGAGAGGAUAUCCGAGCUCGAGCGCCGCGUCGAGGACGCCGAGAGCCUCGCGGCCACGCGCGAGCUCGAGAAGCGACUUGCCGAGGCCGAGGCAUCCACGCGCAUCUACGACCUCGAGGCGGCCGUCGCUGAGGCCGAGGAGCGUGCCGAGCGCGCUGAGCGCCGCUGGGCCGGCGGCGCCGCGGUCAUGGCUUAGGCGUGGUUAGAGCCGGCGCCGGCAGUCACUGGUGACCGUCGUGUGAGCGGUGGCGGCCAUACCUACCCUCGUUCCUGCGUACCGCCCGCACCUUGUAAUAGAAUCCUGUCGCCUAUAAUGCGUGUGCUGAGCCUACGUAUGUAUCUAUC